UUGCGUCAGCGUCACAGAUCGACGCACGGACGCACAUGUAUGGACGAGGUUCUCAUUGCUUUUCAUUGCAUUAUGGAAUUCUCCCCAGGGAGCUGAGUGUGUGUUCCAUUGUGUUUGAUCAUUGUGCAUAAAGCGCUAUAUGAGAGCGACAUAUUUUUGUUAUUUACAACAAGGGAACCAAUACAAUAUAUAUUGAAUUAUUGCAAUUGUUAUUAAGCGGACGAUAGGAUGAGGUCAGCAUACAUCUUAUAAAAAAAAUUAUUCGUCCAAUUGUCCGUGUUUCUCCGUUGAUCAAUAGUGCAGCUUAUACCAUUGUUAUACCCAAGAACUAAAUCACUUCGUCCAUGAUCGUGGACAGUUGCAACUAUGAUUCCAAAUGACAAAUAUGGUACUUGUACCAAGAUCCUCUGCAUAGUGAAUGGUAUCGUAAAUUGUAUUGCUGUUGGGGUAAGCUUUAUAAUGGUUGGAAUUUUUACUCAAGUGAUGGCUAAUGACUUAAACUGUAAGGAAGGAUUCGUGUCUUUCUUUGGUGGAAUAUCAAUAGGACUGGUAUGCGGUAGUGGUCCAGUUGCAACUCCGCUUGUAAGACAAUUGGGGAUGAGGGUUUUGGGCAGUUUGAGCGGACUUUUAUCGUUUUCUGCACUAUUGAUGCUGUCUAUAUCAAGAAGCAAGUUGGUGUUCGGUAUAGCCAUAUGCGUACAUGGAUUUUGUAUCGGUACACUUUUCUCAACGAUGUUUGUGGUAGCGGUGCAUGUUUUUCCAAUUCGCUUCUCGCAGGUGAAUGCCGCGUUUCUUGUUUCCUCGGCUUUGGGAACCGCAGCUGCUCCUUUGCUUCAGGCAUUGAUAGACACUUAUGGAUGGAGGGGCGCAUUGGCCAUACUAGCCGGAAUGCAUCUACAUAUAACAGUUGCAUCUAUGAUGAUGAAUUCACAAGUCGGAAGAGUUAAAUCAUUGACCUCUCGAACAGAUUAUGAAGAACCCGCGGGCAACACUUCAGUUAAAAAAUCCACUAGCACUUUUGAUAGAAUUUUAGAAAUACUUCAUUUAGAUGUGUUUAAAAGUAAUUCGCUGUUGUUAGCACUAUUUCUAUCUGGAAUUUGUGCUGGCAUUGGAAACGCAACAUUUUUUUUGUCUAUAGUUCCGCAUGCUGAACAAUCUGGCAUCGCUCCAUUUAUCGCCAGCACUUUGGAGAUUCCACAAGUUUUUACAUGUUUAAUAGUUAGAGCAUCCUUAAUUUUUGUUCAUGGAGCUGAUGUUGCUCUAGUAAUUUAUAUUUUUGCAGCGGCACAGUUUGCAGAAUUUCUUGCAUUUUUCGUAUUAACGGUUUGGAACACUGUAACUAUGUUUUGUGUCGGUUCAGCUUUACAUGGAUUCGCGAUGGGAUCGCAAUGGUAUUCAAUAGCGAGUUUGCCGGCGCUCUUAGUCACGAGAAAGGAAUACUUGGACUAUUCGAUUUCUUGGUGUCUUGCCUCUGAAGGAAUAGCAGCAAUAAUCACAGCAUUUAUAGAUCUGUGUGUUACCGAAUACUCUCUCAGUUUUCAAAUAUGUUUCUGUGUUCAAUUUUUUGCAAUUGCUUUGGUGGUUUACAUGAUUUUUCGACUCCGGACGCCAAGAUCAAUCUGAACACUAUUGUAACAUUUGCUUAUAAUUACCUAUAUUUUUAUAUAUUGUAUACAUUUUAUUUUUUCAAAUUAACAGGUAACAUUUUUAUUCAGCAUUGUUAUUGUAAUCUGUAAUUUAUGUACAGUACUGUUAUUUGAAAGACUCUGCAGCUCCUGCCAUAAACUGUUAUAGUUACAACCAUGAUAUUCCGAUAUAUAUUUAUAAAUAUUUCUAUAAAAUUUAUUUUUAGAAAUGAAAAGUAUAUUUGAAUUUAUGAUGAAAUAUAGGACUAUGAUACAGUUAGAAUAUAUUUUUCAAUCAAUCAAAGUAUAUUUUAUUUCACAAAACAAAACAGAGAACAUUAGCAUGUAUCCAAUAAAUAAAUUUUAAUUCAAAGAGAUGACAAAUUAAAAUAUAAAGUAUAAUAAAAUAUUAUAUAGGCCUACAUUAAUACAACAAGUAUAACAAAUAAUUACCAGAAAUUCAUGUGGUGGAAGAAACUAGAUACGAAUGUAAUUUGUAUUUAAAAGUUUUAAUAUUUUUAAUUGUUUUUAAGUGAUCAGGUAAUUCAUUCCAAACUUUAGCACCUUGAAAUGAGAUAUCACUUUGGCCAGUUACAGUAGUUAAACGCUCAUAAACAUAGUUACUCCUAUUUCUAGUAUUGUAAUUGUGGAUUGAAUUAAAAUUCUGAAAGUAUGAACUAAA